CAGCAGGCCCGGGCGGAAGUGCGGGACAGGGGGCGGGCGCCGGGCCGGCUCGGGCGGAAGUGCCGGGCGCGAAGCGGAAGCGGCGAAGUCGGUAGGCGGCUCAGAAAAAGAAGAGAAGAAGGAAGCCGAGCGUGACACCACGUGCAAGUGGGCCUCAGAGUUAAGAUGCUCUGGUUUCAAGGAAAUAGCAUGCAACUUGCCAAAUACUCCUUUCGACUCCUCUUGAGAAAUCGUUCUGCCUCUAAGACUGUUCUGCCUGUGCUGACCUUAUUUACAAAGGAUCCAUGCCCCCUUUGUGAUGAAGCCAAGGAAGUGCUGGAGGCUUAUAAAAACAGGUUCUACAAGAACCAGAGCUUCCAGGAGCAAGGAAAGAAAGGCCUUCCCCUUCCACAGCUUCCCACCGGCAUAUGGCUUCACACUACCCUGCAGCUUGCCCGUGCCCACCAUUUCUGCUGAUCCUUGUGUUCAGCAAUACAGGGGUCUGAGUCUCCAGCUUCAUUAUUCUGAAAUCCCAAAAGAGGGCUUUUACUCAGCUUGUUAUUUACUAGCAGCCACCCAAGUCGUGUCGGCUGGCUGGGACUAUCGCCGAAGCCACCCUUGGAUCACGUGCCUAUCCUUGAUCCAGUCAGCUCGGGAAGCCAAGGUGAGGUGGUGAGCAAAUCAGUCACUGCCCACUCAGCAGAGACUGAAAGGAUGACUGGUAAUGAUCGAUCACGCAGCAGGUUUGAGAGCAUGUCACUCCAUCAUAUUCAAGAGAAGUCAAGAGGAACAGUUUCUAAGUUGAUUUAUGUCCUACUCAUGGGAGUAAUGAGGACUUGAACCAGGGCCACGGGAGUUAGACAGAAAGAGGUAUCAAGACGCAUUUCAGAGAGAGGUUGACAAAUCUUCAUGACUGACUGGAGAGGUGUGGGGGAGAGAGAGUAGAAGACAGCAUGAAGUCUGAGAUGACUGCCAGCCUUCUUGCUGUGGCUACUGGGUAAAUCCUAGCACUUACUUUUCUUUGAGACAGAGAGCAUAAAAGGAAGGGAGGUUAGUUUUUGGUUGUGCUUGGUGGAUGGGAAAGGUGGGACAAGGUGAAUUUGCCAUGCCUGUGGGAUACCCAGUAAAGAUUAAAGUUGGAAGUUCAAAUCAGAGGUUUGGGCUGGAGGUGCAGAUCCGAGAGUCCCCAUAAUAUGGCCGGAACUGCAUCCAUCUAGCACGGGCAGAGAAAAGUGAGCUAGGACUAAGCCCAGGGAAAUACCAAACUUGACCAUAUGGACAGAGGAAAAACCAGGAGAAGAAAAAGAGAAUGAGAGGAGUGGGGAAAGGUCAUCCAAUUUGUAUUCUUUGCUGCCUUUGAUUAUAUGAUACCACGCACUAUUCUAUGCAGUGAGGACAGGGCAGCAGACGGACAGCCAAGGGUCCUACUCAGGGGCUUGCAUUCUAAAGGGAGAGAUAAGCAACAAAGUUAUCACAUCAAUGGAGAAGAGCCAUUUCUUGACAGAAAAGGGAAUUUUCCCCAGACUAGGUGACAGUAUCUAAUGUCAAAAGAGCUAGGAUGAGGAAUUAAAAGAAGACAACACUGGACUUGAAAAUUAGUAUAUCAGUGCUGUGUUAGGCUGAAUAACGCCCCCCCAAGGUAUCCAGGCCCUAAUUCCCUAGAACCUAUAAAUGUUACCUUAUAUACAAAGGGUCUUUGCAGAUGCCAUUAAGUUAAGGAUCUUAAGAUAGGGAAGCUACCCUGGAUUAUGCAGGUGGGUCCUAAAUCUAACCACGAGGGUCCCUGCAAGAGGGAGACAGAGCUACUACAGAAGAUGAAGUAUAAGAUAUAACAACAGAAGCAAGAGGCUGGGAUGAUACAAGAAAGGGUCAUGAGCCAAGGAACCAAGUGGCCUCCAGAAGCUAGAAAAGACAAACAGAUUCUCCCCUAGAGCCUUCAGAAGGAACAUGUGUUGCCAACACCUUGACUUCAGCCCGGUGAAAGUGAUUUAGGGCUUCUUCUGCCCUAUGGAACUAUAAAAGAAUAAACUUUUAUUGUUCUACACCACCAAGUUUGUGGUAAUUUGUUGCAGCAGCAAUAAGAAACUAAUACAAAUGAUGACUCAAUCUUAUUAAGAGAAAUUUUGGUAGGGAAAAGGAAGAAGAUAUAGCCUGAAAGAAAUUUGCAGUAGGAUGGGAAGUGGAAGGUGCAGAAAAGGCUGUAGAGUGUCUAUCUUUCAGGAAGUUUUCAAACAUAUUUUGUUUAAAGAGGACAAUUAAGAGAACAAAAAGCGUCAGAAGAGCUGAAGAGUUGAUUAACCGAUUAGCUCAAUACUCGAAAAUGGCAAGCCAUUUGUGAAAGUACCAUAACUUUCAGCUUAUCUUAGAAGAGCUAAGCAUUUAGGCAGUAGUUCAGGGGCUUCGAGAGUGACUCUGAUACUGGAGAGGAGACCAUGGCAACCCAUCCCCAUCCACAGACGCACAUACCAGACCCAGAGCUCUUGUUCACCACAGAGACCAAAAUAUUUUGACACUGGGACCCAGAGUCCUGCACUGGGCACAGAUCUUCUAUCUCUCUAUUAAACAGGAAUCCAUGAACAGUGAGGCACAGCCAACAGACAAUGGUCUCAUCUAGCCGGUCUUUCAUUUAGACGCUGAUGUUCAGCAUUUUACCUCCCCUCUCACGUUCAAAAAGAAGGACCACCAAAGCCAAAGUCCUUUGGAGUUAUGAAGGAUAGAAGGAAUACAGCUUCAGGAGAAGGGAGAAACAUUAAAAUCACACAAAACAUGGAGAAGAUAAGCUCAUAGGAGCAGCACCAGCCAAAAGAUUGGACACAAUAGGAAGAAUCCAGCCAAAGGCCCACACUGAGUGGCAAAGGCAUCCUUUCUUCAUGCCAAAAUGUUAUAUUUGAACUAUUCCCGAUGGAAAGCUUUCACCCUUAGAAAUAAAGUAGGGCUAAUAUUAAUUGAAGCUUUUCUUAAUAAUUUGGAAACACUAAGAAAGAGAGAGGAUACAAGUUAAAGGAAACUUCAGGCUAUGGCCUCAUUGUGCUACUCACAAUUCAACAACACAAUGCAACUCCACUGGGAAACCCUGAUAGGCUUUACUGCAGCACUGUAUUGCACAGAAGACCCCCAGCAAUGAUCCCAAGUCGUCUUUU